AUGUCCGCCGCCAGCGUGAGCCCCAUCCCCAUCCCCAUCCCCAUCACCACCAUCUCCGAGCUGAAGCAGCACCACUCGCAGCUCGUCCGCCUGGGCCUCGCCUCCCACCCCGCCCACGCGCGCCGCCUCCUCGCCUUCCUCGCGCGCGACCCCGCCCGCCUCCCCUACGCCGCGCGCCUCCUCGCGCACCACCCGCACCCGCACCCGGCGCUCUUCAACCCGCUCUUCGCCUCCCUCCCGCCGCGCCACGCCGCCGCCUUCCUCGCCCUCAUGCUCUCCCUGCCCCUCCACCCCGACCACUUCACCCUGCCGCAGCUCCUCCCCGCCGCGCCGCUCCCGCUCGCCGCCCAGCUCCACGCGCUCCUCCUCAAGCUCAACUUCCACUCCCACACGCACUCCUUCAACGCGCUCCUCGCUGCCUACCUCGCCAACGGCCGAGCCGACCUCGCCUCCCGCCUCUUCGGCGCCAGCUCCCUCUCGCCAGCCCUCGACGUCGUGUCCUGGACUACCAUGGUGGGCGGUCUAUGCAGGCUCGGCCUCGUGGACGACGCGCGGGAGCUGUUCGACGCAAUGCCCGACAGGAAUCUAGUUUCCUGGAACUCGAUGAUCACGGGGUACAUCAAGGCCGGGCGGUUCUUGGACGCCCUGGAGGUGUUUGACCGAAUGCGUGCCCUCGGGCUAGAGGGGAAUGGGUUUGUCGCGACGAGCGCGGUGGUGGCGUGCACUGGGGCUGGCGCGCUGGCCCGCGGGAGGGAGGUGCACCGGUGGGUGGAGCAGAGCGGCAUAAAGAUGGAUGAGAAGCUAGCGACAGCGGUGGUCGACAUGUACUGCAAGUGCGGGUCUGUUGAUGAGGCGUGGCGUCUGUUCCAAGCGCUGCCGGCGAAGGGGCUCACGUCGUGGAACUGUAUGAUCGGUGGAUUAGCGGUGCACGGGAGGUGCAGGGACGCCAUUGAGCUGUUCCACCAGAUGGAGAGGGAGAAGGUGGCGCCGGACGAUGUCACGCUGGUGAAUCUGCUCACCGCCUGCGCGCACACCGGGAUGGUCAGCGAUGGUCGCCACUAUUUCAACUACAUUGUGCAGAGAUACGGCAUUGAGCCCAAGAUGGAGCAUUACGGCUGUAUGGUCGACCUGUUCGGGAGGGCCGGGCUGCUGGACGAAGCCAAGAAGGUGAUCGACGACAUGCCAAUGGAGCCGGACAUCGGUGUCCUUGGAGCACUUUUCGGAGCAUGCAAGAUUCACAGGAAUGUUGAUUUAGGCGAGGCAAUUGGAUGGCGUGUGAUUGAUCUUGAUCCCCAGAACAGUGGACGGUACGUACUACUGGCCAACCUCCUGGCCAGCGCUGGUCGGUGGGCUGACGUGGCAAAGGUCCGUCAGUUGAUGGACAAGAGAAAUGUGAGCAAGGAGGCAGGGCGGUCCACGAUCGAAAUCGAGGGCAAAGUCUGCGAGUUCCAGUGCGGGAGCCUGUGCCAUCCCCAGGAGAAGGACAUAUUCGCCGUGGCCAAGGACAUGAUGAGGAAGAUCAGGCUAGAGGGCUACGUGGCGGACACAAGCGACGUCCUGCACGACAUCACAGACGAAGUGAAAGAAACAUCGCUCCUCUACCACAGUGAGAAGCUGGCCAUAGCCUUUGGGCUGCUGUGCACGAGGCCUGGGGACACGAUGCGCAUCACAAAGAACCUGCGAGUUUGUCGAGACUGCCAUGAGGCGACAAAGUUCAUAUCUCGCGCAUUUGAGCGUGAGAUCAUAGUGAGGGACAGGAACCGGUUCCAUCAUUUUAGGGAUGGUAUGUGUUCGUGUAAAGAUUAUUGGUAAGUAGACUAGAUGCAGAAACUAUCGGGCUGGAAGUAGAUACAUAUGAUCCUCCCUCAAAGUCAUUUGCACUGAGACCAUCUCAAAGAAAACUGAACAAAACACCUUGAACUUCUAAUGACAUGUCUGACGGGGUUGGUGCCUGCGACUAAAAGGAUGCAUUAGAGAAAUAUUCCCAUGAGAGACAAUUGGUGCAAAAGUAGUCUGGACUUGUACUCAGACAAAAGGAGCCAAAGAAAGAACCCUGAAUGGGCCAAUUGACAGAUUAUUGCAUACUAAGGCCAGCAGUCUGGCGACCCCAACGAGGACGAUAAGUGCAAGCUACUUGAAAACAUGGACAGAAGGUGUUGUAUGCCGUGAUGGGUAUGGCAUGUUCAGUGGUGCUUCUGCACGAACUAUCCAUGGUGUAACGAAUGCAACAAUCCUGGAGGAGAUGGUGUGCUCAGAAGCAUUGGCGCUGGCAGGGGACCUGUGGCUCAGGAAGCGCUUCGCACUGUUUGGAGAGAGGUAACUAACUGUCGAAAGCGUUGGUGAGAUUACAGACCAGCAGAACAAUGGUGCUAGACUCCUAGGAGUGCUAUUCCUAUGACAGGGAGCUACUAGGAUGGAAGGGGCCGGCUGCAUUUGGAAAAGCUGGGCUCCUCUGAAAUGUAACUCUUUUGCCUUGCUAGCCUGGCCUGCAGCAUCGACUAUGGACAUCACACAGGCGCGUCAGACAUGGACUCCCAAGAUACUACGUCGGCGUGUUUUACCGCGAUCCACAUCCUCAUGGGCUGUGUAUAUGCAAAGAUAAGGUCGGUUCAGCUGCUUCUGAUUGCCGGCAGUCAACGUUUCAGUACAAUAUGGUGGAUCUCAGCUAGAAGAGGAUUCAGAAAGAGCAAAGGUGUUUUGACACCCUGACAAUUCUAGUGUGCUGAAGACUCUGGAAAUUCCAGAAUCUGCCAGCCAAUAAUCAGUGCAAGGACUUUGGAAGGUGGCAUGCUUAGGAGGGUCCAAUGCCUUUGAGAGAGUAGUCCAUUAGUAGCUCACUAGUUCACAACCUUUAGCUUGUCAUGACACUAGUUUUGAAAAGAACGGUGAAUUUGUAUUUGUCUCAUAAAUAAUUUACA